AGCGCCCUGAGGGGCCGCGGGGCUGCCCGGGCCCGCUCGGCUCGGCUCGGCUUCUCUCCCCGGUGCUGGCUCUGUCCGGGCGGUCCCCGCGGCGUGGCGGGAGCCGGCAGCGGCGGCUGCUCCCCCGGCCGCGCUGCCGUUCGGGGAGAAGCUCAGGGAGGGCGGCCCGGGCCCCCCGGGGGAAGCUCGGGCUCAGAGAAUCCUCCAAAUCGUGGCUCUUCCUUUGGUUUCUCAGUGUUUAAUUUAAUGAAUGCAAUCAUGGGAAGUGGGAUACUUGGCUUAUCCUAUGCUAUGGCCAACACAGGGAUCAUUGGGUUUAGUAUCUUGCUGCUGAUUGUUGCCAGCCUUGCUUCUUAUUCUGUAUUUCUUCUGCUCAGUAUGUGCACUCAGACUGCUGUUACAUCUUAUGAAGACCUUGGCUUAUUUGCAUUUGGAUCAACUGGAAAGGUCCUUGUUGCAAUUACAAUAAUUAUCCAGAAUAUUGGAGCUAUGUCAUCUUAUCUUUUAAUUGUCAAGUCUGAGCUUCCUGGUGCUGUUGCAGGGUUCUUAAGUGGAGACGAGAGUGGGUCUUGGUACCUUGAUGGGAAACUGCUGCUACUGAUUACUUCAGUCUGCAUUGUUUUUCCUCUGGCUCUUCUUCCUAAAAUUGGCUUUCUUGGCUACACAAGUAGUUUAUCAUUUUUCUUUAUGGUGUACUUUGCUCUGGUGGUUAUGAUAAAAAAAUGGUCAAUCCCGUGUCCUCUACCUCUAAAUAGUGCCAUAGAGACUUUACAGGUUUCAAAUUCUACUGGGGACUGUAAAGCAAAGCUCUUUCAUCUUUCAAAAGAGAGUGCUUAUGCAAUACCAACUAUGGCCUUCUCAUUUCUCUGCCAUACCUCAGUCUUACCCAUCUACUGUGAGCUCCAAAGUCCCUCCAAAAGUAGAAUGCAGAAUGUAACUGUCACAGGAAUUGGUCUGAGCUUCCUAAUUUACUUUAUGUCUGCUCUGUUUGGGUACCUGACAUUUUAUGACAAAGUGGACUCUGAAUUGCUACAGGGUUACAGCAGGUACCUGCCACAUGAUACUGUCAUCAUGACUGUUAAAGUAGCCGUCCUGUUUGCUGUGCUUCUGACAGUCCCUCUCAUCCAUUUCCCAGCAAGGAAAGCUGUAUUGAUGGUAUUUUUCUCUCAUCUUCCUGUGUCGUGGAUUUGCCAUAUCCUUGUCACUUUAGCACUCAACACAAUUAUUGUUUUGUUUGCAAUGUACGUGCCAGACAUUAAGAAUGUAUUUGGAGUAGUUGGUUCGACCACAUCAACAUGUUUGCUUUUUGUAUAUCCUGGACUAUUUUAUCUUAAACUUAGCAGAGAGGACUUUUUAUCACCACAGAAACUUGGGGCCUGUGUACUGGUUAUUUUUGGCAUUUGUGUUGGCCUUCUCAGUUUAGUUCUAAUAAUUUUCAGUUGGAUUGAUCAAUAACAGCCUAUUGUCACUGUCUGAACUGAGCUGCAGAAGGAGAGCAAGAACCAGAGACUUGUCAAAACUACAGGAAUAAAUGCUGGACAUCCUAAAGAAAACACUCACCAAAACCAUCUAUGGAAGAAAUUAUGCUCUUUUUCCCUGUGUUUGUGAUGUUUCUUCUUUAAUCUUGAGUCACUCUCUUCAGUUAUUGUACAAUUAGUCUUUGCUGUUCUAAAACAUUGUUUUUCAAUGGUGUAAUCAUGACAGGUAAUAAGGUCUCUUGAAGUUUUCUGCAAUGCAAAAAUGGCUAGUGCACAUUAUGAAGAAAAGCAGAACUUCUCUUUUAAAGACAAUGAGAUGGGCAGAUUACAUCAGUCAUGAUGUGCAUAUCUUGAUGGGUACAUCUAGGAUAACGCACACAUUAUCCUGAGCCAUGAGGGUUGAAUAAUUCCCAAAAUUUCAGCCAGUUCAUAUUAAGAACUUCCUGAUGCCAGAUGUUUAUCCUAAUUAAUCCUAACAUGGAUCCAGAAAGCAACUGCCUUCGCCCAGUUUAAUGGGCACAUCAUGAUAAUAUGUUGUUUUUUUAAAUACAGGUUUUAUUACCUCAGUGUUACUUGAAUCAUAACUGAAGCAAUCUUUACAUUAAAAUGCUUUGCUCAUCUAUCAUAAUGGCUUUUAGUAGCAUUAGGAAGUAUUUCUACUUUGAAGUUAAUAAACUUUUUAAUAUUA